CGGGCGGGGUGAGCGAGUCUCUCUCUCUCUCACUCCCCCCGCCGGUCUCCACCAGUGGACGCUGCCCGGCUUGUUGGCGGCCGAUCAUGGCGGCGGCAGCGGCGGCGGCGGCGGCCCCGGAGGAGGAGGAGGAGGUGGUGGAGGACCGCAGACCGAUCCGGAGGGUCCGCUCCAAGAGCGACACGCCGUACAUCACCGAGGCGCGCAUCUCCCUGCACCUGGAGACAGCGGAGGAAGUCGGGAGGUUGGCGGCGAUGCGCUCCGACUCGCUGGUGCCCGGCACGCACACGCCCCCCAUCCGCCGGCGGAGCAAAUUUGCAAACCUGGGUCGUCUGUUCAAACCCUGGAAGUGGAGGAAGAAGAAGAGCGAGACGUUCAAGCAGACAUCUGCAGUGCUGGAGCGGAAGAUGUCCACGCGUCAGAGCCGAGAGGAGCUCAUCAAGAAGGGAGUGCUGAAGGAGGUCUACGAGAAGGACGGCACGUCCCCGCCCUCACGGGAGGAGCUGAAGAUGGAGAAUGGACGUUCUCCGCUGUCGGACUCCGAAGGUUCCCUGGACGUUCAGAUGGCCACUGACGCUGCCUGUCAACAGGACCACGCCCAGAAAUCCAUCCAGGCUCCGCCCACGAAGAAGCCCGCCGUGUUUCCCGCCGAUGGCGGCGAGUCGACGCUCUCCAGACCUCCGACGCUACACAAACAACCUCCCGCGCUGCCGCCCAAACCCUUCGCCAGGCUGCCCAAUCACAUCGCAGACGGAGCCCCGGUGAAGUUGCCGUGCAUGUCGGCGAAGUUGUCUCCUCCUCUACCUCCGAAGAAGCUCCUGAUCUCCAUGGAACCCUCGCCGCUCGCCUUCCAGAAGUGCCCCGCCCCUCACGGCCACAUUCCAACGGGCGGGCACCUGCUGCCGUACGGGACCCUGCCCGCCCCGCUGCACCCGCCCAGCCGCAUCAUCGAGGAGCUCAACAAGACCCUGGCCCUCACCAUGCAGAGGUUUGAGAGUUCCAUGCUGCACGCCGUUCCCAUGGUGAUGAUCGAGUGCGGCGACGACAAAGAGAACCUCCCCAACGAGGCGCACUACGACGACCUGCCGGGGAUGUACAGGCACGAGGAAGAGGAAGAAGAGGAGGAGGAGGAGGAAGACGAUGAUGAUGAUGAUGACGAGGAGGAGGAUGAAGAUGAGGAGGAAGACGACGAUGAGGCCUUUUUUACAAGCACGCUGGCCAUGAAGGUCCUACGCAAGGACUCGCUGGCCAUCAAGCUGAGCAACCGUCCGUCCAAGAGGGAGCUGGAGGAGAAGAACAUCCUGCCGCUGCAGUCGGACCAGGAGAGGCUGGAGUUCCGGCAGCAGACGGCCACAAAACUGACCAGGCGGUUGAGUCAAAGGCCGACGGCCGAGGAGCUGGAGCAGAGGAACAUACUGAAACCUCGAAACGACCUGGAGGAGCAGGAGGAGAAGAGGGAGAUCAAGAGGCACCUGUCCAAAAAGCUCAGCCAGAGGCCGACGGUGGAGGAGCUGAGGGAAGCAAAGAUCCUCAUCCGCUUCAGCGACUACGUGGAAGUGGCCGAGGCCCAGGACUACGACAGGAGGGCGGACAAGCCGUGGACUCGGCUGACGGCUGCCGACAAGGCUGCCAUAAGGAAGGAGUUGAACGAGUUCAAAAGCACAGAGAUGGAGGUGCACGAGUCGAGCCGACAUCUGACCAGGUUUCAUCGACCGUGAGGCUGCUCGGCCGAGCGUUUUGUGUUCCACGGGCUUCAGGAGACUCGCUGCUUCCCUGUCCAGCGUCAGACUGACAAACUGGACUCGACACGACGGGACUUUGAGCCGUCGCCGCAAAAAAACCCCCACAGGAGCAAACAAACGGAACAAUCUUUUCCGAUGGAGUCGACUCUUCUGGCCUGUCUCCUCUCUGGAGACUGGAGGUUUUAACAGACUUCUUGAUACACAAAAGAUUUUAAUUGUCCAUCAGAAUCUGUGCCAAUUUCAAGGAGGUGGAUGACUUUUUUUUUUUCUUUUUAAACACUGGGAUUGUUUUCUUGCCUUUCACCAUGUGCUCCCUGGAGUUGACCUUACCUGGGGGGAGGGGCCUGCUCGGGUCGGCGCCGUGACAUCUCACUUAUCGUUCAUCUCGUUUUGCCAGAGGAAGGAAAAAUAGCCGGAGCUUAAGCCAAAAUGUCUGAAAGAAAUCCUAAUCAACAUCCCCAGAAAUUGUUUAAAAUAAUUUCAAAUUUCCUCCAAAUGCUUUUUCCGAGGCCACAAUCCCCCCGAUUCAGUUCGAAGCAACUUGACUUGCUCCGGAGGUCGUGACCUUGAACGCAACUGGCUGUUGGAAGAGUUCAGCAACCCACCGCGUCGCUGUGCCUCCCGCAGUUUGGUUCACGGGGAUGUAAAAGUUGCCAAAUUGACUCGUUUGAUUUCAAAUAUUAUCUCUGUGGACGCAGUCAAAUGUUGCUGAACUCUCUGAUUAAUGAAAAAAUAUAUUUCAUUGUGACGUACAAAAUAUGAAAACCCUGCCACCUUACUUUUUGUUUUUAUUCAUUGUUCAAUCCAUAGUAGGUGUAGGUGUGUGUGUGUGUGUGUGUGUGUGUGCGUGCGCGUGCGUGUACAAGAGUCAGUAAUGUUACUGUCGCUUGUAGAGAAAUAUUCUCAGAACUAUAAGACAUGUACAUAGCAAAGAAAGUAAGCAAGACUUUUCAAAUGGUUUUGUUUUUGUAAAGCAGAAAAAAACUGCAUGUCGUUAUUAAUUUAUUGUUGAGUCUUAUACGAUGUAUGCAGUUUCUUAAAGAAAGAAACUUAUUAAAACAAUUAAUAAGUUUA